GGAGGAACAUUGUUGAAACUUCCCUCACCACGCCCUCUGCUGAGUGUUUGUGAAACUCAGGGUGGAGGCGGAGGAGGGCGGGCGCCGGAGCCCACCCAGAGCCCAGCCGGAGCGGGCGUUGAAGGCUGGCGCGGCGAGCGCUGUUCGGGGCUGGAGGGGGUAAGGCCAGCAAGGGCGGCCCGACCCUCCAGGAGGCCAUCCAGCGGCUGCGGGACGCGGAGGAGAUGUUAAGCAAGAAACAGGAGUUCCUGGAGAAGAAAAUCGAGCAGAGGCACGGCACCAAAAACAAGGGCGCGGCCCUCCAGGCACUGAAGCGUAAGAAGAGGUAUGAGAAGCAGCUGGCGCAGAUCGACGGCACAUUAUCAACCAUCGAGUUCCAGCAGCAGGCUCUGGAGAACGCCAACACCAAUACCGAGGUGCUCAAGAACAUGGGCUCUGCCGCCAAGGCCAAGAAGGCGGCCCACGACAACAUGGACAUCGAUAAAGUUGAUGAGUUAAUGCAGGACAUUGCUGACCAACAAGAACUUGAGGAGGAGAUUUCAACAGCAAUUUCUAAACCUGUAGGGUUUGGAGAAAAGUCUGACGAGGAUGAGCUCAUGGCGGAAUUAGAAGAACUAGAACAGGAGCAACCAGACAAGAAUUUGCUGGAAAUCAGUGGCCCCGAAACAGUCCUUCUACCAAAUGUUCCCUCUAUAGCCCUACCAUCAAAACCUGCCAAGAAGAGGAAGACGACGACAUGAAGGAUUUGGAGAACUGGGCUGGGUCCAGCGCGGGCAGGAUGGAUGUGGUGCAGGCAGGUUCCAUUGCUCUCGACUCUCACUCCAAAGCAGUAGGGCCACAUUGCUGCUCACUCUCUGCAUAGCAUGGUCUGCACCUAGGGGGACGGGUGGGGGCGGGUAGAGGGGGGUUGCGGGGCGUGGGAGCUGUGGGGGAGAAGUGCCUGCUGUUUAUAAUGUUGAAUUUCUGUAAAAUAAACUGUGUUUGCAAAUCCAAAAAAAAGCAAAUUCUAGAUAUGUCAUAUUGGCCCUAAUUACAUCGGUAUGUGUCUUUUAAAAAGAUAUUUUCCCCCCAUAACCACAGUGCCAUUAUCCCCACCUAACAAAACUAACAGAUUGAUCUGUUGCCUUAGAUCUGAGUCUUAGUAUCCUCAGAUUCCUUUUGAUUAUCUAAAAUAUUAAAAUAAAUAUUGAAAAUAUUAAAAUACA